CUCACCUUCUCUCUCUCCUCCAUCGUCACAGCUCUAGAGAGAGAGAGAGAGGGAGUUGAGGUGAAUACGAUGUCGUUUUCGUCUUGUUUGUCAUCUCCACAGUCGCUCCCUCUCUUCUCCAAGCCACUCAACAGCGACAAACCUUUAACCUCUCGCUUCAGAGCUUCUGCAGACGUUCCAGAUUUUCUCUCCGCAGAUUGGCUUGAAUCUCGCAGGAAGAGACCUUUUGGCCCAAGAUUAAAUUUUAGUGCAGAAGAAGCUGUUCGAUACCAACUUGAUGCAUUGAUGUUCAAUGACCAACCCCGUCAAGAUUACGGGAUCGAAGUCAUGUACAGGUUUGCUGGAUUUGAUCCUUUUGAGAGGUCUACAUAUUUUGGGCCCUUUUUUGACUUGGGACAGUUUGAACGGUUCAGGCGGAUUUUCCACCAUUCGACGUAUCGUGUUUUACUUGGUCACAAGGAAAGGAAGAUCUUGAGCAGCUUGGUGGUGAAAGAGAAUCGAUACAAGCAGCGGGUUUGGAUACGAGGAGCUCGCCCUGAGGAAGAAGAAAUAUUUCAAUUUACCAUGUUUCAGAGGGUUGGUGGUUCAUGGGAUGGUUAUUGGCUGACAGAGUCUCUACUUCAUGAUGGAGAUGGUUUUGCUGGUGGUGUGGCUUACUGAAGAGUCGGAACAGUUAUGACAUGUUGGGCUUCUUUGAAUUUCUAAUGGCUUGUUUUUGAAGCAUGACAGUGCUUGCUUCAGGCAUUCAGAUUUUGAUUAAAAUAAGAAAAGGGCUAUAGUCAUAUGUAAUAAAAAUGUAUAGUCAUGUUGAUAAAUAUGAGGGUGGUCAAUCCUUGUAAAUAUAAAACAUGUACAUCCAAAAUUUCAACCUGGGAUCUGCAUAUAUUUCUGAUCCUUACUUCUUUUA